UUUCUUGAUCUACAUACAUAGUUCACGUCUCACAGUUCCCUCAUCGACUUACUCAUCAUGGCAGAAGCUAUUGGCAUAGAAGUUGUAAAAGAGCUGGUGAAGCAGCUCUAUGCGGUAUCUAAGAAAGCCUACAUGUGUAAAGACAUUGCCAAGAAUCUUGCCACCACAAUCGAUGAUUUGCAACCCACGAUACAGGAGAUCAUGGAUAGCAGCGGCGAGUCGAGCCAACAUCGCCAAGAUCAACUGCGUAUGUUCUUCGACAACCUUGAGGAAUGCAGGAUGCUCACAGAAAAGGUUCUGAAAUGUAAACGCUGGAACUUUGUUCGACAGAUCAACUACGUCAAGAAAAUGGAAGAUCUCGACAGGAAAAUCUAUAGAUUUUCUCAAGGAAUAGUGCCUCUCCACACUCUCGCUGACGUUCGUCAUCUCCGUGGGGCUGUAGAUCGAAUGAGCAAGAACGUCCAUAGGAAUGAGCAGGUGACUAAGGCUCGUAUAUUUGCUUAUGGUGAUAAUUCUACAGCGCGCCUGGAUCAGAUAGAAAAAUUUCUUGAUAUCUUAAUUGAUAGAAUCACUUCUUUGAAAAUCAAUAUAUUUAAUUUGAGCGAGGGGAAGGGGAAGGUGAAGAAGAUGUUGUUUAAAUCCACUGAUGAGGAAAGACUUAUUGGGAUCUCAGGGAUGAGUGGUUCAGGGAAAACCACUCUUGCCAGAGAGAUUGAGCGGGACGAGGAGGUUCGAGGUAACUUUGGGAAUAAGGUUUUGUUUCUGACUGUAUCACAAUCUCCCAAUCUUGAGAAGCUGAGGUCCCUUAUAUUGGAAUUUCUUACUGAUAAUGAGGCUGGCUCUGGUGCCAUUCUUCCGGUUUCGAUUGGUCAAACACGGAAGUUAGUGAUCCUUGAUGAUGUCUGGACAAGGGAAUCUCUGGAGCAACUGAUGUUUGAAAAUUUUCCUGGAACCACUACUCUUGUGGUCUCACGUUCUAAACUCGCAGGUCCAAGAAUGACCUAUGAUGUAGAGUUACUCGAUGAACACGACGCAAUGACUCUACUUUGUCUCUCUGCUUUUGACCAGAAAUCAGUCCCUUCUGGGUUAAGCAGAAGUUUGGUCAAGCAGGUUGUUGACGAGUGUAAAGGUCUACCUUUGUCUCUCAAAGUCAUUGGCGCUUCAUUAAAAGGCCGACCUGAAAAAUAUUGGCAAGGUGCAGUGAACAGGUUAUCAAGAGGUGAACCUGCUGAUAUAAACCACGAGACUAUAGUGUUUGCUCAAAUCGAAGCAAGUCUCGAAAUUCUCGAUAAAAAAUCCAGAGAGUGUUUCUUGGAUCUUGGUGCUUUUCCUGAAGACAAAAAAAUCCCUCUUGGUGUUAUCAUCAACAUGUGGGUUGAACUACAUGAUAUGGACGAGGAAACUGCUUUUUCAAUUCUUAUGGAUUUAGCAGACAAGAAUCUCCUUACUCUCGUGAAAGAUCCAAGGUUCGGCGCUUUGUACACUGGCUACCAUGACGUAUUUGUAACGCAGCACGAUGUUCUAAGAGAUGUAGCACUUCUUCUUAGUAGUUUUGGGAAAGUAAAUAGUAGAAAGCGGUUAUCCAUGCCGCAAAGAGCGUUGACGCUCCCUAGAGAAUGGGAAAGGAGCAAUGAUGAACCAUACAAUGCACGUGUAGUUUCCAUUCACACAGGCGAAAUGAAUGAAAUGGAUUGGUUUGACAUGGAACUCCCCAAGACAGAAGUUCUGAUUAUAAACUUCUCCUCAGACAACUAUGUAUUGCCACCUUUUAUUGCUAAGAUGGGCAGGCUUAAGGCGCUCUUAGUUAUCAACAAUGGUCUGUUUCAUGUCCGUCUACAAGACUUCUCCAGUUUUACAAAUUUGGCUAAACUGCGAAGUCUAUGGCUCCAGAUGGUUUACGUACCCUACAGUACAAUCACACUGAAGCACCUCCAAAAGCUGUCUCUAAUCUUCUGCAAGAGUGUUAAUCAAAAAGCACUCGACAUGAACCUAAUCUUCCCAAACUUAUCCGAUAUCACAAUAGAUCAUUGUGAGGAUCUGGUUGAACUACCUUCGACCAUCUCCGGGAUCACCUCUCUCAACUCCAUAAGCAUAACAAACUGUCCUUCCAUUGGUGAAUUGCCUAAUAAUAUGAGUAAGCUAAUGGCCCUUGAACUUCUAAGGCUAUACGCUUGCCCGGAGCUGAAGAGUCUACCUGAAGAAAUCUGUGAGCUGCCGAAUCUGAAAUACAUUGACAUCUCUCAAUGCGUCAACCUUAGUUGUCUUCCAGAAGAGGUUGGAAAGCUAAGCAGGCUUGAGAAAAUUGACAUGAGAGCAUGUCCUUUACUGAGCAUACCGAGCUCUGCGGUUAAAUUGACUUCCUUGUGCCAUGUAAUUUGCGACAAGGAGAAUUUGUGUAUGUGGGAAAAGAUUGAGAAUGCAGUUCCAGGGCUUCGUGUGGAAGCCACAGAGGAUUGCCUGGAUUGACUCAAUGGAACCAAAAGCUGUCGAACUCUCUUCUUCGAUCUCGUCUUCGUAGCGGAGAGAUCUAGUCGCCAUCUUCAUCGUCAUCGAUCAUAGCUGUUGUUUUGAAUAGGUUUCGUCUGUCUAGGUUCUCCUUUGCUGUUGAGAUGUUGGAGUCGUGUUUAGAGGGCGGUUUGUGUUGCCUAUGUCCAGUUAACCAAGGCCACUCUAGAUUUGCGGCCACAUUUGUACAUACUUCGUUAGGUUAGUUCAUCUUUUGCCUUUGAUUAAUCAUCUCGUUAUAUAUGUUUAGAUUGUGGGUUGGAUUUAGUGGUCCAUAGUUCUUUUUCUCUCUUUUACCCUGUCGAGCUGUUGUUGUGGUUGCUCUAAUGAGCUAAGUUGAAAAAGUUGAUGUGCCUUUCCUAUUUACCACAUCUGAAAAAAUCGAUGUGUUUUUUUGUGGAUGGUAAAUGGACGAGUGAAGCCAAACUUGCAGCAGAGGUGACAAAUGGAGGAGAAGAAACGAAGCUAAGCAAACGAUUAGUUCCCUUGUUUGGUACAAGUUUUGAGUUGUGGAGUUUUAGUGUGAGAAUUGCAGCUGCCGAGGCUGUUUUAAAAUAGAUUUCAGCUGGAAAUGUUAUUGUUGUUGGUGAUUGCUUGCAUUUGCAGAGGCUAUUGAGAUGUACAUCGAAUGAGCUAUAGGUUGUGGUGACUGGUGAAUUAUUUGCAGAGGUUGUUUUCUGCAGAUUUCUAAUAAUUGCAUAGCUAUUUUGACAACAUUCGUUUAUAUAUACUUUA